UAAAUAGUCAGUGCGGCAAAACUUGGGCCAAGCGUUGCUCAAUUGGGUGGAAGAAACCUAUUGUUAGUGUUGUAUGAUUGUCAAAUAAAAAAUAUUAAUUAAUUUAUCCAGAUCAGGUUGUAAACUGGCUUAAACUUCAACUAAAUAAGCUAAAGUAAUACUAAGAAAGACAUGAUAAGUCUUGUUUAGAUAAGGUUUUUCUUAUAGAACACACUAAUUAGUGACAAAAUAUGAAUUACAUGUAGUGUGUGAUUAUGAAAUUUACCAAGUAAAUAACGAGAUGUAAAAAUAGCAAGUUUUUCAUCUUGUGUAGGCAUAGCAGUGUUUCUUACAAACUUUCUACAAAACUCAGACAUGAUAACAAAGCAUUUCAUGAUGAAAUUGUUACCAGUUGGAGUUUUUUACUGUGUCGGUUGUUUUAUUUUCAAAGUAAAGGCAAGUGAACACAAUUUAGCAAGAGGUUUUGGAGAUCAUAUAAUGUGGCACACUCUAGACGAAGCCCUAGUGGAAGCCAAAUCCAGCAGUCAGCCAAUUAUGUUGGUGAUACACAAAUCCUGGUGCGGUGCUUGUAAAGCCCUGAAACCAAAGUUCUCAGAGUCCAAAGAGAUAGCAGAAUUGAGUAAAAGCUUUGUCAUGGUGAACUUGGAGGAUAACGAAGAGCCAAAGGGAGGGACCUACGCACCAGACGGCGGAUACAUUCCGAGAAUUCUGUUUCUAAACAGUGAAGGUGAGGUCCAGACCGAGCUGUACAACCAGAACGGUAAUCCCCAGUACAAGUAUUUCUACUCCGAUGCAGACAGUAUUGCCACCAUGAUGAGGAAGGUCAUCAGUGAUCUUCCGACAAGACCAAAAUUUCCCUCCGAUGAACUGUGAUUUUUCACCCUUGAUUCCUGCAAAUCUAGAACAAUUCCAUUUUCCAUUUCAUUGUAAAUUGUAUUUAUUUGUGUACCUUUGUCAUACUACCUUCAUUUAGAUCAAAUAAAUCGUUUAGUGUUUGAUUUAA